UUCCGAUGAUAAUCGGCUGGCUUAUUUUGUUUGUGUGUUUAUGUGUGGUUUGGGUGAGCGAAGAAUGCGAGCAUGACAAAGGACUAUUUAUUAGAGUGUCUUCCUCCGGCCCACGUGGAUCAACGCGCGCGGGUUUUUGAUACGGUUACCUCACGGAUACAAAGAACCGUGGCAGCAAAUUUUCCUGCUUGAACCUAGGGCAACAUUUCUUCGCCUAACUUCGCCGUUCCAAAUGGAGCAGCAGCAGCAGCAACCGACAACAGGAAGUUCCACGGCCGCGGCCACGGCAAUCACGGUCACUCCAGCUCAGACCUCGGCCCAGUCUGCUGCUACUUCGGGCUUCGGUGGCUUUCGAAAACCGGCCCCGAAUGUGAAUCCCAGUGGUGCAGCUCCGGGACCAAAGACUGGACGGUUCUUCGGAUCGGCGUUCAGCAUCACCAAUCGGUACCGGGCCAACAGUUCCAACCUCGGGAAGGUCAGUUUGGCCAUUACAAAUCUGAAGGUGCUCAACAACGUCCCCUUGCCACCGCCAAUCUGCGCCAUGGUCUCCUCGGAAACGCCACCCUGUCUCAAGUUUCAACCGACCUAUCAGCUGGAAUCGAAAAACCCUUUCAACCGGGACGCAUGUGAAGCCAUCCUGCGGGAAUCGUUGGACAAAGCGCUGCAGGGCGUGGAGUAUAGUUCCUACUUUGCCCCGUCCCUGUGCCAGCAAAUCUGCGAGGAUGUCAAGGCGAAAGUAAAGGAGUUGAACUUUGAUCGUUAUCGGCUGGUGGUGACUGUGACGAUGGGCGAACGAUACAUGCAAGGACUGAAAUCAAUCGCCCAGUUCCUGUGGGAUCCGGAGAAGGAUAGCUACGUGUCCUGUAUCUACGAUUCCUCGCCGAGCCUUUUUGCCGUUGCAACGGUUUAUGCCAUCUACUUCGACUAGAUUUCGAGGCAAAUAUGCAGCAGCUACGUGUAGACGUGUAGGCCAACAACGAUAGUUUUCCAGUUCCAGUUUCGAAUCCGAAAACGGCACCCGAGAGCUGAGAGCUGAGAAAGACGGGAAAAGAUUUCCGAAAGCACAGGCGAAUCUAAUAGAAGGUGAAAGAUUGUUUUACUUGCUGUUGAGUUGAGUCUUCUAUAUACAGAGUUUAGAAUUGCUGUUACUGGUUGUGUUGUGUAGAAUGAAUAAUAAAGCAUCCUCCUUAAGGGUAUCAUGUCAGGGGAUAUCACUCUUAUUUGUGGUGUUGAACUUACAGCACUGAGAGAAUGUGGGGAUCUCGGUUAAGGCAAUGCAUGACUGAAGGUGGUUUUGAGAUCCGAAAGUGAAUUCUAUUUUCAGCUGGGCUGGGUGAUGUAGAUGGGAUGGCUGAGAGGAAAGGGGUUGCAAUUCAAUGAUGAUUUAUUCAUUUGCUACAAAUUUAAGUAUCGAAGCGAAGGAACUAUGUGGUUUCGAGGUCAACUUCAAAACGAGGACGAUAGCUUUUUCAAAUGUAAUCGAAUUCUUUAGUAGGUACAGAUGAAGAGGAAAAAAUCACAUUUUAAGGGGUCAAAUGUCAAGGAUAGUUUUAGAAAUCAAUUGGAUUAUCUCCAGAGCUGGUGAGUAAUAUUUUUAAUCUUUCUUUUUGCUUUUUUUUAGGAACCAAUCUGUAUAGAAUUAACACACAAGAUUGAUUGAUUUUUUUACAAAUUCUCCAAAUUUUCUAAGGUUAACUUUUGUGAAACUUUUCUUAUUCCGCACUUUUUUUUCUUUUCAUAUUGUUGGUCUUCAACGCCUAUCGCUUCAUCCAAAGAGAGUAAACUUGUGCUUCAU